AUGGGCCUCCUAGAAUUGGCGCUUGUCUGCAUCCUCGCCUCCAUAAUAGCCGCAGCCGCAGCUGCGAAAGACGUGACUGUCUACGUUGACCCCUUCAUUGGCACUGAGGGACCAACUGGAAAUGGAGCCAACUCUGGAGACACGUUUCCGGGCGUCAGUGUGCCUUUUGGCAUGGUGAAGAUCGGCCCUGACACCAAUGAGGCCGACCAGGCCUCCAAUCCCUUUGCUGGGUACACUCCGGAUGGCAAUGUGACCGCGUUUACCUGUUUCCACGAGUGUGGAAUCGGCGGUGGUUCCAAGUACGGUGUCGUGGGGCACAUGCCACUGACAACCCUAGAUGGCGUCAACGUGCUUGACAAUACUACGUACAUGCAGCCUCGUGUUGGCCACGACAGAGCCUCAGUCGGAUACUACGCCUCACAGUUGUCAAAUGGUGUAAAUGUUGAACUAUCCGCGUCGCAACACGCCGGCUUUUUGCAAUAUAACUACCCGAGUCAUGGAGACCGAAUCGUGCUGGUUGAUGUGUCUCACAACUUACCAUCCGGCAUCGACGCCGAAUUUCCAAAAUCUCAAACUUACAGUAACGGUCAGAUGAUUGUCCAGAAUGGGGGCAAGAGAUUUGUUGGCUGGGGAGUCUGGCGUGGAGGGUGGGGAGGUGGCGGAGUUGCUUACGGCGAAGGGUCUGAUAUGCAAGUAUACUUUUGCAACGACUUUGACUCGAUCCCAUCGAGUUUUGAGUACUUCACAGGGCCAUGGAACGAUCCAACCUCUCCGCCAUCGCCCGAUACCCAGGUCACUCUAGGUGGCCAGUACGGUGUCCAAGGCGGUCCUGUUGGGGAUGACCAAGGUAAUCGGGUUGGUGCAUACUUUAUAUUCCCGAGCCAUGUCGACACUGUCAAGUCAAAGCUUGGAGUAUCCUUCAUCUCGAUUGACAAGGCGUGUGAGUUCCAGGAGGAGAUCCCAUCAUGGACAUUGAACGACACGGCAGAGGCAACCAAAGAACAAUGGAACAAGGAGGUAUUCAACAAGAUGAGUAUCAACGAUAAGGCCAACAAAGCGAAUAAUACGCGACUCACCAUGUUCUAUUCCGCGCUGUACCGUAUGCACCAGAUGCCGUCUGACCGAACUGGCGAGAACCCGAAAUGGACUUCCUCCGAGCCAUACUAUGACGAUUUCUAUACUCUCUGGGAUACCUUCCGCUGUCUUAACAGCUGGUACUUGCUAGCGCAUACUCAGCGCGCCCUGGACAUGCUCCGCUCCUUGGUCGACACCUGGCGCCACGAGGGCUACAUGCCAGACGCGCGGAGCGGUAACUACAACGGCAAGGUUCAAGGCGGCACAAACGCCGACAUCGUGCUGGCUGAUGCGUGGGUCAAGGGCUUCAACAGCUCCAAGUAUGGGAUUAACUGGAGUGAUGCUUACGCUGCUAUGCAAAAGGAUGCCGAAGUCACUCCCAAGCCGAACCACGAUCCUGACGAUCCGACUUGCGCAAACAAGGAGGGUCGUUGCGCGUUGCCAGACUGGCUAGAGUACAGCUACAUUACGCCAAACUUCUCUCUGAGCGUCAGUCGUACGGUCGAUUACUCUCUGAACGACUUUGCCAUCAGCCAGGUAGCUAAGGAUAUGGCGCCUCAGGACUACGAAAAGUAUUUUAAACGAUCUGCGUACUGGAAAAACCUCUGGAACCCAGAAAUGAAUGAAUAUAACAUUUCUGGCUUCCUUGGACCGCGAGCUGCAAACGGAUCUCUGAUUACUAUCUCGCCCCAGGACGAUUCUUAUACAAUGGAAGGCCUUCCUUGGGAGUAUACCUGGUCCAUCCCACAGGAUAUCAAGUCUCUAGUAAAUCUCAUGGGUGGCAACACGGCGACAGAGAAACGCUUAGAUCUUAUGUUUGUCCCUGGUCUGCGUACGACGGACCUGGGCGUCGGCGUGGCCUCAGGGACAACAUUGUUUAACCCGGGAAACGAGCCUAGCUUCUUCACGCCGUUUAUCUAUAACUAUCUUCCUGGGAAGCAGUACAAGUCAGUCAACCAAUCCCGCAUUAAUAUCAAUGAGAACUACGCCACCGGUGACAAAGGGCUGCCCGGGAACUCCGAUGCAGGAGCCAUGGACUCGUGGAUGCUCUGGCAGAUGCUCGGCCUGUACCCAGUUGUCUCUCAGCCCGUCUAUCUGAUUUUGUCACCAUGGUUUGAAGACAUUUCUUUCCCUGUGGGUGAAAGUGGUGAGACCCUACGAAUCACUGCGGAGAACCUCGCAGACGAUAGCUUCUAUGUACAGAGCCUGAAAGUCAAUGGUAAAGAGUGGAACAAGAGCUGGCUGAGUCAUGGUGAUAUCGCGAACGGCGGGCAUCUGGAGUUUGUGUUAGGACCUAACAUCACCGUCUGGGACACCGGUGCUGUGCCACCCAGUCCUGGACACGGUGCUUAA